CUGACUGACCACUGCUACAAGUAGAACAACUCGCCCCUGCAGAAGUAAGGCUUGUGGUCACAGUGUGGCUUGACAGAGGAGGAAGGAGGAGAGCUGUUGCCAAAGCCACGACUCACGAGUGUGGGAACGACAUGAGCAGACGACAACGGCAGGAGCCGACAAUGUUGAUGAUAUAACCAGGGAAUACACUCAUAGCCAUGAAGAACAUGUUAAUCAUCACCUGUGCUCUCCUCGUUGGUGCCCAAAUGGAAUCGUCAGUGCAUACAGUGAAAGGUCACAUUGGAGGGAAGGCUGUGAUUGAGUGUCCAUACCCACCAGGCUGCGAACACCGCCAGAAGUACGUCUGCCGUGGCGACUGUCCACCUGGCAACAAAGACAUCCCAGUGCAGACUGCAGUCAGCCAGGUCUGGGCUAAAACAGGCAGAUUCUCUCUCCACGAUAAUGCCACAGCCAGAGUCUUCACCGUCACCAUUACUGGGCUGACAGCUAAGGAUUCUGGGAAGUACUGGUGUGCCGUGCAGUUUCCCUGGUAUAAUAGUGAUCUCUACACAGAGCUCAGGAUUGACAUUGGACCAGCACCUGUGACAACUCUCAGUCCCGCAAUAAUCACAGGGGCCUCCACUGUACUAACAUUCUCACCUGUUUCUGUUGUGUGUAGUGUUGCCGUGGUGAUUGUUGUCCUGCUAAGCAUGCUGGGAGUUUUGAUCUAUUUCAGAAAAGCAAAACACAAAAGAACAGAAACUACAGAUGCCGUAUUCUUGUAUACAAGUGGCUGCUCCAGUUCCCACAUCUACUUAGAGACAGGGGGUUCUGCAGUGGAAAUGGGCCACAGUGUUCCAACAGUCAUCCAACAGCAUCAGAACCCCAUCACCAUCACCUCCACCACCACCUCAUUCUCCACCACCACCUCCUCACCCACCUCCUCCUCCAUCACCACCACCUCCUCACCCAUCUCCUCCUCCAUCACCACCACCUCCUCACCCACCUCCUACUCCUCCUCCUCCACCGUCCCUUCUGCUCCACCUCAGGUCUAUGAGGUGCCUGAGUCACUGUACCAAAGAAUGGCUCCACUUGUGUGUGGGAAGAUCCCUGUGCCCAGAGACAGCAGCCCGUCUGCCAGGACCGCGGAUGGUGCAGAAUACAUGUCAAUGCAGGACUGUGCCAGGGCCGCGGAUGGGGCAGAGUACACUUAGUCAUUUAGUCACAAAAGCGUCCCCUAGAGACACUGGUGUUAUGUAAGCUGAGCUGUGUUAAUGCUGAGCAAAUCGAUCCAUUUAUCAAGUCUAAAAUUUCAGCUGAAACAGGGGGGAGUGCUCAAGCCGUGAGAGGUACUUACAAUGGAAAGGUAAAAUAUAAAUAUCCCACGACUCUAGGAUAAACUCUAAAUACCCUGAAACAACUUUAACAAAUCUUUCACAAAAUUAAUUUGUGAAUUUACUGUAAUUAAAUUUUGUCUAUUCUGAUGUUUUUACAACCACAGAAGCUCAUGUUUUUAACACUGCCUGUCAUCUUUGGGUUGGGUUCAGUCUUCUUUUCACAGUUGGGUUCGGUCUUCUUUUCACAGUUUGCUUGAAGUGGAUGCAGUCAGAUUAAGUCAGAUCUCAGGUGAUUAAGCUCUUUGCUCUCAUGGACGCAGAAGGCCUCAGUUUCAGGCUUUAAUGUGGAUUCAAUUUUAUAUUUGCUAUCAAAUAAAGAUAUUUAUAUAUAAUAAUACGUUUUAUGCAUUGUAGUGAUUUUACACUACUUCAGUGCAGUAGAUGGAGGCAUUUUGCUGUGGUGUACUGGUUCUCAGUUGCAAGUGAAGCAGUGCUAAUAGCUCUUUAAUUUUAAAUUACACAAUCCAAAAUGUAAGUUUCUUUAAUUAAAAAUAAUGUGUACUGAGUCAUCGUAUGAAAUCCACUUAAAAAUAAAAUAAUAAACAUAUUAAUGUCACACUCUUAACGUCCAAGAAAACAAAA